AUGCUUGGAUUGGAUGGAGCUGGAAAAGCGACAGUUUUGUAUAAGUCAGAUGAAACUGUCAAUACACUUCCAACUAUGGGUGAGUUCAUUUUUAUUAUUGUCAAGCCAAAAAAGUUUUUCAUUUCAAUUCAAAAUAUUUUUUUCAGGUUUCAAUGUGGAAACAAUACAAUUCAAAAAUCUGACAAUAACAGUUUGGGACAUUGGAGACCAGCAAAAUAUUCGUGAUGUUUGGAAAUGUUAUUUGGAAAUGACAAUACAUCAUCUCGGAUCUUCGUAG